AUGUCGACUGACAAGAUUACCUUCCUCACGAACUGGCACGCUACGCCGUACCAUGCUCCCCUCUACCUGGCACAAGCGAAGGGCUUCUUCAACGAUGAAGACAUCAAAGUUGCGCUCCUCGAGCCAAAUGACCCUAGCGACGUGACCGAAAUAAUCGGGACCGGAAAAGUCGACCUGGGAUUUAAAGCGAUGAUCCAUACUCUUGCUGUGUGCCCCCAACUACUCGUUAUGCUGACUGUGCUGAUAAUUCCCAAGGCAAAGGCCCGCGAUUUCCCAGUCCUCUCCAUCGGCAGCCUUUUGGAUGAACCUUUCACUGGUGUGGUGUAUCUCAAGGAGUCUGGCAUUACCUCGAACUUCCAUACUUUGAAGGGGAAGCGGAUCGGUUACGUGGGGGAGUUUGGCAAGAUUCAGAUCGACGAGCUCGCCUCCCACUACGGAAUGUCUCCCUCUGAUUACACUGCCAUGCGAUGCGGUAUGAAUGUCUCCAAGGCAAUAAUUAAGGGUGAAAUCGAUGCGGGGAUUGGUCUGGAGAAUGUUCAAAUGGUUGAGCUUGAGGAGUGGCUUUCGAAACAGGGUCGAUCCAAGACCGACGUGCAGAUGCUUCGUAUCGACGAACUCGCUGAGCUUGGUUGCUGCUGCUUCUGCUCUAUCCUUUACAUCGGUAACGAGACGUUCAUACAAAAGAACCCCGAGAAGGUGAAGGCAUUUCUCCGCGCGGUCAAGAAGGCUACUGACUUCGUGCUGGCUGAACCUGAGAAAGCUUGGGAGGAGUAUAUUGACUUCAAGCCAACUAUGGCGACCGAACUGAACCGAAAGAUAUUUGAGCGAAGCUUUGCCUACUUCUCUCGAGAUCUGAAGAACGUUCAGCGUGAUUGGGAGAAGGUCACAAGGUACGGCAAGAGGCUGGGUGUGUUGGAUCCAAGCUUUCAGCCUAAUUAUAGCAAUCAAUUUCUGGAAUGGGCCCUUGAUGCUGAGUCCAACGACCCAUCAGGCGAUCAGAGAAAGAUGGCUCUGUUACAGAAUGAAGUGGCCCUUAAUGGUGGUUUCCAUCGCCUCGGAGGUCUCAAGACAAAGGUCGCGACUUGA